GUCAAUAACACAAUAAAACUUUUUUUUAAUAUUCGUCGGAUUUAUCAAUUGUCGUAUAACCAUUGUUGUUUCGAAAAAAAAGGUAUGAAGCUAAAGCUUGUAUCGACGCUGACUGUCGGGUUGUUCGUGGUCUCGUGUGUGGCGGAGCUUCAACGCUUCGAACACGCCGCGAAACCAGACGGGUCGCUGAGCUUCUUGGUGGUCGGAGACUGGGGAAGAAGAGGACACUAUAACCAAUCUCAAGUUGCCCUUCAGAUGGGACUAAUCGGGGAGAAAAUCGGUAUCGACUUCGUGAUCUCGACCGGAGAUAAUUUUUACGGCAAUGGACUAACCGGUGUCGGAGAUCCAGCCUUCCAUGAAUCCUUCACUGAUAUUUACACAGCUCCCAGCUUGCAAAAACAGUGGUACACUGUUUUGGGUAAUCAUGAUUAUAGGGGCAACGUUGAGGCUCAAUUAAGUCCCAUUCUUAGAAAGAUAGAUAGCAGAUGGCUUUGUUUGAGAUCUUUUAUCCUUAAUGCUGGACCUGAAAUGGCUGAAUUUUUCUUUGUAGACACUACACCAUUCGUGUCCAAGUACUUCACUGACCCACAAGGCCAUGUUUAUGACUGGAGAGGCAUACUCCCGAGAAGGAAGUACCUCAACAGAAUUUUGAUGGAAGUGGAAUCGGCUCUGAGAGAGUCGUCAACGACGUGGAAAAUAGUGGUGGGACACCAUCCGAUCAUGAGUGCCGGACACCACGGGAACACCGACGAGCUCUCCGAUGGUCUUCUUCCACUACUUCAGGCGUACGAAGUUGAUCUUUACAUCAAUGGACAUGACCAUUGCUUGGAGCAUAUAAGCAGCAGUGAGAGUGGGAUUCAAUUUAUGACAAGUGGAGGGGGAUCAAAGGCAUGGAGGGGAGAUGUUGCGACGUGGAAGAAUCCACAAGAGAUGGAAUUUUAUCACGACGGACAAGGGUUCAUGUCGGUGGAGAUGAGAGGUACAGAUGUGGUGGUUAAAUUCUAUGAUGUUUAUGGUAAUGUUCUGCACAAAUGGAGCACUUCCAAGCAGCUGGCUUUCGCUGUCUAGGGGAAGAGUUUCAACUAAUUAAACCACCUUUGAUUUGUGGCAAUGGGUAAACGGCAUCACCGACAUGAAAAUGAUUGAUAGAAACUUUGUUAAUCAUGCGGGACCUCUAUGUAAUACUUAGCCAAUGAUGGAUCCAUAAAUAUAUUUUAAGGUGAACACA